GUGUUGUAAAUAGCAAUUCAUCUUAUCAAACAAACACAAUUUUAGCUAUUGUAGGAUUCCUAUUGAUUCGCAUAACCUUUUAUGCAAAAAGUGGAUUAAACAGAGUUGGGAUGCUUGCUUAUUUAGUGUCAGAGAUCGAUAGUGUCGGGAGUAUUAGUUAUAAAAAUUUUGUUAAUGGAUAUGGCAUUAAUGGUGCAACUAAUAACACUACUUCCAGAGAUACCAAUGGAUUUGAUCAAGGCAACACUAAUAUCGAUUCAACUGGCAGUACUAGUUUCGAAAUUGAAGCUUAUUUAGAUGAUGAUGAUGAUAAGGAUAAGAAAUUCUGCUUUAAAGAGUUAGGGCCGUCGAAAAAAUGUGAGGAUUUAUGGAAAUUUUGGAAAGCUCGUAAAAAUUCAAUCGAGAUUGUGAUCGAGAUCGAGACUGGCAAUAACAAAUUCAAUAUUAUCAACCCGGAUAAUGAUCCAGAAAAACUUAACGCUAAAUCUUUGAAAGAUUUUCGAAUUAUUGGCUCAUUAAUACUAAAAGACAAUUGA